CGACGCACACUCGUGUUGUCGACGCUCUCGGUGGGCGAACAGAAGUACCGCAAUUGCACGACCUACAUCCCAGACCGCGCCCCUAAUUUCUGCACCUCGCUCCAUGGCCGUCCCAUAGCGGCUUUUCCUGCUCCAGUCCCUCCGCAAACAGUCCACCCAACGCGAACGCCCCCGUUGUCCGCCGCAGCCAUGCCGUCCACAUAUAAAUCGCACAAGAGCUCGACGGCAGAACAAGCGCCCGACCUUAGCAUUACCGCCGACGAUGAGGUCCACCUCCACACCGCCGGCUACAAUGAGUCCUCGGAGCGCGAAGUGAUCAACAGCAUGGCGCGCUUCCGCUCCUCGCCCCUCGACUUCAUCCGCGAGGUCUCACUCCACGUCUCAGGCACAGGAUGGCGCUCCUACGACGAUGUUGUCGGGCAACCAAUCUUUUACUCCGGCUUCUCGGAAAACAUGAAGUCCAUGGUGCUCAACAACCCCAUGCUCGUCAACAAAGUGCGCCAUCUUGCGGAGCGCAGAGUGGAGGUGGAGGCCAAAGAGGGAUUGCUCGGCGAGCAAGUCAUGAAUGGACAGGACCGCGCUGGAAACGGUGACAAGAAGCGGCGGCGGCAGAUACAGAUCGAGGAGAGCCUCAUGGAGGUCUGCGAGACAAUGACGGACAACAUGAUUUGCAAGAUGGAGUCGAAACGCUUCAUUCGCGGCGCGUACUACCUCGCGACGCAACUUCUCACCCGCGCAUACCACCAGGGCGUGCACGUUUCAAGUGAAGAAGUCCUCCGCCUACGCGCCGUCGCCGCAAAAGCAGCAAAAGCCAAGCAGGCCAUCAUCUUCCUCCCUUGCCAUCGCUCGCACGUCGAUUAUGUCUCCCUCCAGAUAAUUUGCUAUCGCCUUGGACUGGCACUUCCUACCGUGGUCGCCGGCGAUAAUUUGAACUUCCCUGUCGUUGGAGCGUUCUUGCAGCAUGCGGGUGCCAUGUGGAUCCGGCGGAGUUUUGCGAACGACCAGCUUUAUCAAACACUGGUUCAGGCCUACAUAGAUACACUGCUACAGAACGGUUUCAAUUUAGAAUGUUUUGUCGAGGGAGGGCGGAGUCGCACGGGCAAGCUGUUGCCGCCUAAGUUCGGUAUAUUGAGUUAUAUGUUGGAUAGCGUUGCUAGUGGCAGGGUCGCCGAUGCCAUCAUCUGCCCAGUGUCAACCCAGUAUGACAAGGUCAUCGAAGUCGAAUCAUAUAUCAGUGAACUCCUGGGCCAGCCCAAACCAAAGGAGAACCUCAAAGACUUCCUCUCGGCGUCAUCCAUACUUUCAUUGAAGUUGGGUCGUGUAGAUGUCCGCUUCCAUGAGCCAUGGUCUCUGCGAAAGUUCAUCGACGAGCAGCAGGGGCGCGCUAACAAGCUUCCACAACAGAUUGAUGACAAGGAUCAGCGGAUACGCUUACUACGCACCCUGGGCUUUAAGGUCCUGAGCGAGAUCAAUGACGUUUCGGUUGUGAUGCCAACCGCGCUUGUUGGUACUGUUCUCUUGACCUUGCGAGGGCGAGGCGUGGGCAAGUCGGAAUUGAUCAGAAGAGUGGAGUGGUUGAGCGAACGUGUUAAGGCACAAGGUGGUAGAGUUGCACAUUUCGCCGGACUACCGACCAGUGUGGUGGUAGAGAGGGCUCUCGAGGUUCUUGGUCCUGGACUCGUGGGGCUAGUGCCUGGACUACCAGAAGAUACCUUCUAUGCCGUGGAUAGAUUCCAGCUCUCAUUCUAUCGUAAUAUGACCAUACACCUCUUCAUUCUCCAGUCCCUCGUCUCCGCCGCCCUAUAUACCUCUGUCAAACAAGGUGGCUCUCCCUCCCAACAACGCAUCUCCUUCGCCGCCCUCCGCGAUCAAGUAUCGUUCCUCUCGCAACUUUUCCGUGGCGAGUUCAUCUUCCCAACCGAAGGCCUGGAUUUCAACCUCGCCAAGACUCUCGCACUCCUCGAAGCAGACAACGUCAUUAAAGUCACACGAGAUCCAAACGACAGCGAAGUCGUGGAAUGGGUCGAGCUAAGCGACCAGGAGCGCGAGCAAGGCCGCGAGAACUUCGAUUUCUACUGCUUCCUCAUAUGGCCGUUUAUCGAAGCGGCAUGGCUAGGUGCAAUCAGCCUGCUGAUGCUGACACCGCCCGUGGGCGUCGAAGCAAAGGAGAGCUGGCUGCCGAUGAAGAACGUGCAGGAUGUGGCGCAGGUCCUAGGCAAGACGCUGUACCACCAGGGCGAUCUUUCAUACUUCGAAGCCGUGAACAAAGAGACGCUGAAGAACACGUAUCAGCGGUUUGAAGAGGAUGGCAUGAUUUUUGUGGCAAAGUCUAAGGAGAAGAAUACCCCUACUACAAUCAGAUUGGCGGGUGAGUGGCUGCCCGAGAGAGAUGCGAAGGGCGGCGUCAAGGCAGAAGGCCCGUUGUGGACGUUUGCGGAGAGGAUUAGCAUUUCGAGGAGAGAGGGGAAGAAUCGGAGGGACGGCGCGACGGUGCAGACGAGAGUGCUGAGCUUGGCUGAUAGAGUUGGGACGGAGCUGUGGGAAGAGAGGAACAGUGUUGGUGCGAGGGGGGCGAGAGAUAAGGAGGCGGAGAGUGCGGCCGCCAAGACGAAGAAUAGGAGGGGGAAGACAAAGUUGGCGGUUCCGGCGUCGAGACUUUAGGGUUGUGGGGUUUGUGGAAAGAAUGAGCAUGAAUGUUGGGUGUACUGAUAAUGUACGGUUUUACAUGAUUCAUGGGAAGGAGAUCUUUGUGCGCCGCUUAUGCUAUAGAGAAGACCAUAUGUUCUGCGCAUCUUGCUUGGAUCAGUAGAUUUCGACUCCAUUCUCUGGGUUGCCAUAUUGAGCAGAGGGAUCCAGCAUUCUGCACGAUC